AUGACUUCAAAACCAGUCAUCGGCCUUCUAGGCGGUGGCCAGCUCGGCCGCAUGCUUUGUGAAGCCGCAGGUCCCCUCGGGAUCGAAGUCGCCAUCCUCGACGCCGCCGACGCCCCCGCCAAGCAGAUCAACACCUCCCCGAAACACAUCACCGGCUCCUUCAAGGACCCCGACAAGAUCAAGGAGCUUGCCCGCCACGUCGACUACCUCUCCGUCGAGAUCGAGCACGUCGACGCCCUGACGCUAGCCGAGAUAGAUAUUACCGGUGUGACCGUGACGGACGAGAGCGGCAAGACGUCGGUGAAGAAGGUGCCCGUUCAUCCUGCGCCCAUGUCGCUCGAGAUGAUCAGUGACAAGUUUGAGCAGAAGGUGCACUUUGAAAAGGCUGGGAUCCCCGUUGCGCGACAGGUCAAACUAGAUUCUGGCGACAUUGAGAGCUCCCUAAGGCAGGCCGGCGAGCGUUUCGGAUUUCCAUUUAUCGUCAAGUCUAGGAAUAAUAGCUACGAUGGGCGGGGUAAUGUGGUCGUCGACGACGCUGAGGACUUUGAGGAUGUGGUUGAGGCUCUUGGUAAGGACGGCCUCUACGCGGAGAAGAUGGUCAAGUUUACCAAGGAGAUUGCCGUCAUGGUGAUCAGGACCGAGGACAAAGAUAAGGGUGCUUCGAGGACAUAUCCUUACCCUGCUGUCGAGACUGUGCACCAGGAUAGCAUCUGCACCACUGUCUACAUGCCUCCAAGGGGCGUGUCACAAAAAGUAUGCCAGCAGGCUCAAGAGCUGGCCUGCAGAGUCGUUGGAACGCUCUGGGGACGCGGCGUCUUUGCUGUGGAGAUGUUCGUGACUGCGGAUGGCAACCUAGUCGUGAACGAGGUGGCACCUAGACCUCACAAUUCGGGUCACUACACAAUUGAAGCUGUGCCUCAAAUGUCCCAGUACAAAGCCCAGCUCUACGCUAUACUCGACAUGAUCCCCGAACACCUUAAGCUCACACCCCGUGUCUCCUCUGCUAUCAUGGUGAACAUUCUAGGUGGCGCCCAGCCUGACGAUUACGAACGCCUCGUCAAGCUCUCUGAGACGACCUACGAUGACGACAUGGAUGUCCACCUUCACCUCUACGGCAAAGCGUCGAAGCCGGGCCGCAAGAUCGGCCACAUUACCCUUACAGGCACGGGUUCGAUCGACGACCUCGAGAAACGCUCCAAAGAGUUCGUAUCUCUUGCUAACACCAUACGAGACGAGCGCAUCAGUGCCGCCAGCGAACAGCUACGGCCACAGCAGGAUGCUCUUGCAGCGCCGACCGUGCCUCGUGUAGUGGUCUCUAAGACCGCCCAAGUUCUCGUUACGAUGGGCUCCGACUCGGACUUGCCUGUCCUCAAAGCCGGUCUUGAUAUACUUAGGGACUUUGAAGUCCCCUGCGAAGUGCGCAUCACGUCUGCUCACCGUACGCCUAGGCUGAUGGCCGAUGUCGCCGAGGCUGCGGCCGGGAGGGGCAUCAAGGUGAUUAUCGCCGCGGCCGGAGGCGCUGCUCACCUUCCCGGAAUGGCUGCGUCACAUACGCCCCUUCCGGUGAUUGGUGUCCCCGUCAAGGCCACCCAUCUAGACGGCGUGGACAGCCUUCACAGCAUUGUUCAGAUGCCUCGUGGAAUCCCUGUUGCGACAGUCGGCAUCAACAAUUCUACAAACGCCGCCCUCCUCGCCAUCCGGAUCCUCGGCGCACACUAUCCUGAAUACCUCGACAAGAUGACGGCGUAUAUGAAGAGGAUGGAGACUGAGGUGUAUGGGAAAGCGUCACGUCUGAUGGAUAUUGGCUACGAGGCGUAUCUUGCCGGCAUGCCGAAGAAAUGA